UUAGUGGCAGGAAUGGGCAUGCAUGGGCAUUGAAUACACCAUAUAUUAAGGGAUUAUAUUCUCCUUUUUUACUUUUUUGUUUUAUCAUUUUUUUGUAAUAUAAUAAUAAAAGUAAAAAAGAGGAAAAAUGGUGAUUACACCAUGGCUGAAACCAUUGCUGCUAACUGAAUUUUACAAUCUAUGUGAAUAUGAAAGCUCAAAGCAAUGCAGUUUCUUCUGUAGGGAUUGCAUGGGAUCAGCUUUCUGUGAAGAAUGCUUGUACCAUCCUCGUAAACACGUUGGCCAUCAAAGUCUCCGAACCGGGGCUUAGGGUUCAUAGCAUAAGGAAUCUGAUGGAAGUUUCCGAUAUUCAACCUUAUACUUGCAAUUCCUCAAAGCUUGUUUAUAUUAAAAAGGAAGAGAGGAAAGAGCAUGAAAAUCGCGUUAAUGGUGGAAAAGGUGAAAAGUGUGACGUUUGUGGGUAUGAACUUCAGUAUUCGACAUCAAAGUUUUGCUCCAUUGAGUGCAAAGUCAGUAGUGAGAGAGAAGUGAUGGAGGAAACAAAGGAGGAAGAUUUUGUUCCAAUUUCAACAACGUGGCCUGAAUAUUCUUUUAGGAAAGGAGGAGAAAAGGGGUGCCACGAAGGUCUCCCUUCCUUUAGAUUUUCUUUCUUUCUCUUCUAUGGGGUUUAGGGUUUAUGCAUCG